UAUGUCAGAAAAAUGUAUAUGCCUAAUGACACCAAAUUUCAUCCUUCUUUAUUCCUACUGGUGGGAAUCCCAGGACUAGAAGAUGUGCACAUCUGGAUUGGACUCCCCUUUUCCUUUGUGUAUCUUGUUGCACUCCUGGGGAAUACUGCCAUCUUAUUUGUGAUCUGGACUGAACAUAGUCUUCAUGAGCCCAUGUAUUAUUUCUUGGCCAUGCUGGAUUCCAUUGAUCUGGGCUUGUCCACAGCCACCAUCCCCAAAAUGCUGGGCAUCUUCUGGUUCAAUCUUGGGGAAAUAUCUUUUGGAGGCUGCCUUUCUCAGAUGUUCUUCAUCCACUUUUUCACUGUCAUGGAGAGCAUUGUGUUGGUGGCCAUGGCCUUUGACUGGUACAUUGCCAUCUGCAAACCCCUUCGAUACACCAUGAUCCUCACCACCAAAAUCAUCAGUGUCAUUGCAGGCAUUGCUGUCCUGCGGAGCCUGUACAUGGUUGUCCCACUGCUAUUCCUCCUCCUGAGGCUUCCCUUCUGUGGGCACCAUGUCAUCCCUCAUACCUACUGCGAGCACAUGGGCAUUGCCCGUCUGGCUUGUGCCAGCAUCAAAGUCAACAUUCUGUUUGGUCUUACCAACAUCUGUCUCUUAUUAUUGGAUGUGCUUCUCAUUAUUCUCUCCUACAUCAGGAUCCUCUGUGCUGUCUUUCGCCUGCCCUCCCAGGAGGCCCGGCUGAAAGCUCUCAAUACCUGUGGCUCUCACAUUGGUGUUCUCUUAUCCUUUUUUACGCCAGCAUUUUUCUCUUUCUUGACACAUCGUUUUGGCCAUAAUAUCCCCCAAUACAUCCACAUUUUCUUGGCAAACCUCUACAUGGUUGUUCCACCAGCUCUCAAUCCUGUCAUCUACGGGGUCAGAACAAAGCAGAUUCGGGAAAGAGUGAUGCGAAUUUUUCUCAAGACAGAUCACUAA